UCAUUUUAGCCGGAUCCGUUCUGUACGAUAAAGAUGUGUUUGGAGGAAAAAUCGAUCAAUAUGUGGACGUGACCCAUUUUACCGCGCAUCGUAUUCGACUGGAAGAAGUGGAAUGGCUUGACAGCGGUGGCAGCUUGAUGUCCACGAGACAAGUAACCAAUCCGGAUGCAGUUGCACCAAGUCGUCUCUUGCUGAUUGGCCCUCAGCCACGUGCUUCUGCCGAGGACCGAUUUGAUCGCGACUGGUCCGGUCCGAACAACCAAACGCAUUUGCAAUCGAUUCGAGCAUGGAUUGUGGGGCAACGAGCUGGUCGAAUGCGGAUUCGACUGGUUCCGAUCGAUCGAGCCCGCCUGAAAGCCAGUAUGCCUCCGGGACUGGUAAAACAGCUGAAAGAUCAAAAAUCCGAAUUGAUCGAUCCGACAGACGUGGACUCGUUCGGUGAUGAUUCCCUAUGGGCUGGAUCAGUUAAGGAUGAGCCUAUUGUAGACCUUGUUGUUCAUGACGAACCGGGGACAUGGCCUGUCGGAAUGUCAGCUCAGAUUGUCACAGGUGAGGGUUCGCAUUUAACUCACAAUUACUUGUGA